GACUGGUUUAAAGUGCAGAGUUGUAAAAAAACUCCCGCGGGCAGUAAGGGGGAGUCAGGGUUGCUUUGUCAAGAAGCAAACUGGCCCAACAGAGAACAAAAAGGCGAGGAUAAAAAACACCCCCCCCAAAAAAAAACAAAAAAGCAAAAAAAACAACAAACAAACAAACACUAAGACGCUGUAACUGGAGUAAGAAUAUAUUCUAUCUAGGUAGAGAUCACUGCGGAAGCCACUGAAAACUACAUCCGGAUUCUACACCUGAGUCCUGCUUGUGCGCGAUAGAGAAGACUUCCCUGUGGAACGAGAGAUCUGAUAGCAGCAGCAGCAGCAGCAGCAGCCAGUGUUCCUGUUUUUGCCCAAACCGACCAGUUACUGCCUAGGAGGUUUUUUGCAACGCUCGGCUCGAGCAGCUCUCGAAGGCACGCACUCACGCACGCGCACUUGCGACUGUGAAGCAGCUAUGCAGCUUGAAAUCCAAGUAGCACUCAACUUCAUCAUAUCCUAUCUGUACAACAAGCUCCCUCGUCGUCGGGUGAACAUCUUCGGUGAAGAGCUCGAGCGGCAGUUGAAAAAGAAAUAUGAAGGUCACUGGUACCCUGACAAGCCAUACAAAGGGUCUGGGUUCAGGUGUAUACACGUCGGGGAGAAGGUCGAUACGGUAGUGGAAGAAGCAGCCAAAGAGAGUGGGAUUGACAUCGAAGAUGUCCGGAACAACUUGCCUCAGGACCUCAGCGUGUGGAUCGACCCCUUUGAGGUCUCCUACCAGAUCGGGGAGAAGGGACCCAUCAAGGUGCUUUACGUGGACGACAGUGGCGAGAACGGGUCCGAGUUGGACAAGGAGAUCAGGAACAGUUUUAACCCCGAUGCUCAGGUCUUCAUGCCAAUCAGCGAUCCUGUGGGUGUCUCCUCGGAGUCUAGCUCUCCGUCACCACCGUUUGGUCAGUCUGCUUCUGUCAGCCCGUCAUUCAUGCCACGCUCCACUCAACCUUUAACUUUCACCACAGCCACUUUUGCCGCCACCAAGUUCGGCUCCACCAAAAUGAAGAACAGCAGCCGUGGGGGUGCUAGCAAGGUGGCCCGCACAUCUCCCACCAACCUGGGCCUGAAUGUGACCAGCCUACUGAAGCAUAAAGCCAUUUCCAAUUCCAUGCAUUCUCUCUACGGUCUUGGGAUUGGAGGGCAGCCGCAGCCAAAGGCCUCUGCUCUCUCUCCUAAUGCCAAGGAGUUCGUUUUCCCUAACCUCCAGAGCCAGGGCAGCUCCACCACCAUGUUCAGCAACGAGAAUCCGCUCAGCCUCAGCCCUCUGCAGUACAACAAUGCCUUCGACGUGUUUGCAGCCUACGGGAGCCUCAACGACAAGUCUCUCAUGGAUGGUCUAAACUUCAGCCUAAGCAACAUGCAGUAUUCUAACCAGCAAUUCCAGCCGGUCAUGGCUAACUAAUGAAUCCAGAAUUUAUUUAUGAAAUUAUUGUUGGCAAAAGGAAGGAGAUAAGAAUGACGCACACUAACAAAGGACAUGAAAAGAACUGUGGAAGUGGAAGCAAAAAAACAAACAAACAAAAAAAAAAAAACCCUAUUAGUCACAGAAAAGAGCAUGUGCCCAAGGGUGUUGUCUUUGUGCCCCCUUGAGUUUGUUUCUACUAAAAGCUUGUUGUACGUGUCCAAGCUUGGUUACUUUCACAUUAUUUUCAUUUUUUCCUAUUUUUGCCAACAAAGCACAAAAUUUUUUUACUGUUUUAAAAAAAAGUUCUAAAAUAUUAAAAAAUAAUAAUAAUAAAAAAAAAAAGCUUCAAGUUCUGGCCUGAUACAGUAUUUUCAAGUUGGUUAAGACUUGGCUGAUUUUUAAGAAAUUGGCACUAAUGAAUAUAUAUCUGGGGUUACUUGGUCUUUUUUUCUAAUUGUAUAAUUUAAUUGAGUACAGAGUUUGUAAAGUAUCAGAGUAUAUAUAUUGUUUCUAUGACACGGUAUUGCAUUUAUAUCUUUUUACUACUCCAGUGAUCUGUGAUGGCUGCAGCAGCUUUGUUUAUAUAUAUAUAUAUAUAUAUAUAUAUAUAUAUAUAUAUAUAUAUAUAUAUAUAUAUAUAUAUAUAUAUAUAUAUAUAUAUAUAUAUAUAUAUAUAUAUAUAUAUAUAUAUAUAAUAUAAAAAUAUUUUGUUCUUUUUUUUUAUUUUUUUUUUUUUUAAAUAAAAUUAUUGAGGAAAUCCACCUUUAAAAUAGAUCAAAAAAAUGAAAGAUUGUGUACAGGCUAUACUUUAGUGUUGGAAAUUCAGUGUAGGAAUAUUUGCUUUUUUUAAAAAAACAAAACACAAGAGUUGUAUUUUCUGUUAAGAGUUGAAGAUUUUUGCUAUAUUAAGGACAAUGUAAUCAUAUAUUAAUUUUGUACCUACAUUGUGCAAUACUUGAUAAAAUACGGUAUAACAAAGUAUUUUGAGUCAGUGUCUUACACGUGAAGAGGGACUGAAAUAGUUUAUAUUAAGUUUGUAUUAAAAUGCUUAAAAAUAUAUGCUUGUCUUUAUUUUUUUCAUAUUUGCACCCUGGCCUUUUUCAAUAAAAGCAACUUUAGUCAGAAA